GACGGAAGGAAACGAGCCUGUUGCCUCAAAGGCGAUAUAUAGGCUACAUUCAGGGAACAUUUAAAGACACAAGCUCAGCAGGAACAUACACACCGUGUGUGUGUGAGAGUCGUUGUCCAUGGGAUUUAGGUCUUGCGAGUCGUGGUGCUCUUCCUUCCAACCCGAUGUGUUGAAAUUUUCAAGUGUGCGUCUGCGUGGGGGACUGGCAGCAGAACGAGCGAGUGCGUGACGACGACGACGACUACGACAGUGUUGCAUGUUGAAAUAGCCUUAACGGCAUGUUAUGAUGAUGACACGUAAUCUACAUGGGUCGCUGCAGGGUCUGCGAAUAUGACACGGGAUUAUCCGUGCAGAAAGGACUGUACAUUUCGGAUUUCUGACCGGAGAGAGACGGAGCAGUUAUAUGUCUCAUAGGGAGGAGGCAUGGGGGUUCUGAAACCACGGUGACUCCAAUCCGGGCUUCCUGAUUCACCGAUUGUCGGUCCGUUUUUCCCCGUCAUAAUUUUGUUUUAGAAAAAAAUAAUAACAGGCCUAUAUUGACUGCCUAACACCGCUUGUGUUGUGCUGUGGAUCAUUCGACUUGAUCGUUUUCCUUGCGCGCUUGUGCUGCAGCCUACUACGCGGGUAGCCUAUAACUUACUUUUGGAGGACGAAUCGAGAAUGGCUGCACCUUCCCUAAAGAAGUAUGACUGAGUGUGUGUAGGGAGUCUUGCCAUUGGCCUGUGUUGCUGCUGAUUGUUGACACUGGGGCUGCUCUACACACACACACACACACUCAUGACGGCAAAAAUAGGCUUCCCUCCUCUUUGGAGUCGAGCUCGGUGCUUGGACAGCGGUGUUGAUCCCGAACGGGAGCAACGGUGGGCCGAGCUGUUCGAUGAGUUGGACCUUAACAAGGAUGGGCGCAUCGACGUCAGUGAGCUGCGGGCCGGGCUCGCCGCACGAGGGCUUCUGUCGCGGGGCUCCGUGGAGGAGAUAGUGCGUGCUGGCGAUAGGAAUGCGGACGGCCAGCUGGACUUUGAGGAGUUCUGUCAGUACCUGCACUCCCACGAGCGCCGCCUCAGGCUCAUGUUCCGCAGCCUGGACCGCAACAACGAUGGCCUCAUUGAUGUCGGGGAGAUCCAGCAUUCUCUUCAUACUGUGGGCAUCGAUGUCACCUUGGAGGAGGCUGCUAGGAUACUAUUAAGUAUGGAUAAGGACGGCACCAUGACCAUCGACUGGAUGGAGUGGCGAGAUCACUUCCUGUUGAACCCCCUGCACAACAUAGAAGACAUCGCCCACUACUGGAAGCGAUCUGUGAUGUUGGACAUCGGUGAGCAGCUGACGGUCCCAGACGAGUUCUCGGAGAAGGAGAAGAAGUCGGGGUUUGUGUGGCGCCAGCUGAUGGCCGGAGCCAUGGCCGGAUCCGUGUCUCGUACCGGAACCGCUCCUCUGGACCGCCUCAAGGUCUUCCUACAGGUGCACGGCUCCAAGUCUGAUAAGGGGAACGUGCUGUCGGGUCUGAGGGCGAUGGUGAAGGAGGGGGGGCUGAGAUCUCUCUGGAGGGGCAAUGGAAUCAAUGUGCUCAAGAUCGCCCCAGAGACCGCCAUCAAGUUCCUCGCCUAUGAACAGAUUAAGCGUGUGAUGAGGGGCGGUGCAGAGGGAGGAACUCUGAAGUUGCAGGAGAGAUUCGUAGCAGGGUCCCUGGCAGGGGCCACCGCACAGACCGUCAUCUACCCUAUGGAGGUGUUGAAGACGCGUCUGACGCUGCGUAAGACGGGCCAGUACUCUGGCGUGGCUGACUGCGCCAAGCAGAUCUUACAGAAGGAGGGCGUCAAGGCCUUCUACAAGGGCUACGUGCCCAACAUGCUGGGCAUCAUACCCUAUGCUGGCAUCGACCUGGCCGUGUACGAGACCCUGAAGAACGCCUGGCUCCAGAACCACAGUGAUGGCUCAGUAGACCCGGGUGUGAUGGUGCUGGUGGGCUGUGGCACCAUCUCCAGCACCUGUGGACAGCUCGCCAGCUACCCCCUCGCCCUCAUACGCACCCGCAUGCAGGCCCAGGCCUCCAUGAAGGGCGCUCCGCAGCUCUCCAUGUUCGCCCUGUUCCGCACCAUCGUGACGGAGGAGGGCCCGAUGGGGCUGUACCGCGGCAUCGCCCCCAACUUCCUCAAGGUCAUCCCGGCCGUCAGCAUCUCCUACGUGGUCUACGAGAACAUGAGGGGGCUGAUAUUCAGACUCACUGAAUAGGUAAAUAGAAAGACACUAAGUCACUAAGUGCUACUGGAUGCUUGUGUGUGUCUUGGAGUGGGGGAUCUAAGAAAGAGAGAGAGUGUGUAUGUGUAUGUGUAUGUGUGUGUGUGUGUGUGUGUGUGUGUGUGUGUGUGUGGCAUGAGCUAAUUUCUGACUGUAACUUAAUGCAUAUGACUUGUGUUGGGGUGACAUAUGGUGUUAAAAUGCUCAUUUUGUGUGUGUUUGUCUGUGUGUGUGCGUGUGAGUGUGCGUGUGUGUGUGUGUGUGUGUGUGUGUGUGUGUUUUGGGCAUGUCUGUAAAGUUACGGUGAUGUUCAGGCAACUUGAUAAAACAAAUGGUAUGUUAAAGGAUGUAACAGCAUGCCAUGAACCCCAAUAAUCGAAACCGGCCACUGCAACCUCCCCAACUAUCAUAUGAAACUGUUAUCGAGCAUGAUGUGGGGGGAUCAACCCCCCAAUGUUCAACUCAAAUACUUCAAUAGACAAUCUGCAUAUAGUGUGUGUGUGUGUGUGUGUGAUCUGCACACAUUGGCUUCUCUUAAGGUGUGUGGGCUUAUUGGCUCCUCAAACUGGCCUGGCCUGAGCCUCUAUGUAUGGUAACUAUGGUAACCAAUGUGAGGUAAUGAUGUAAGAUGAUGAUGUCUAAACGGUGCUGCCUGUCCAAAGGAACGUGAUCUGGACUCGACCGGGAAGAAGAGACACUCCAAAUUGGGAUGCCAUGGAAGAGGAGACCAAAUUCAUCUGACAAAUACAAAGAUGGUUGUUUUCAUUCAAUGUGUGAUUUCUGGACAAUUUACAUUUGUUUGGACAAAUAACAGACAUAGGCCUUCUCAGUUACAAAUAUUGUUGAACACGGGCUGUUGUUUCAAUUUUGUAGUUAUAUACCAUGAUACCACCUGACCUGAUCUUACUUGAUACAAAAUAUGAGGUGGGGAUGGAGGACUGAAUGCAUUAAUGUGUGUGUGUUUUGACUCAUCUAAAGUAGCCUACACUGUAUGUGAUGCAUGAAUGCAUGUUUAAGAAUGAGCUGAGAAUAAUAUGUUUUGGGGAUAAUAAAAAAUAUAUAUCUUUGUGAGCUCAA